CUUCUCUUCAGUACUGUUAAAUGUCUUUAUUGAGCACCUGGAUGGUAAGAUGAAGAGCAGCUUUGGCAUGUCUGUGGAUGAAAUUAAAUUGUGGGGGUAGCCAGUGUACCAGAGGGAAUGGGGCAUGCUGGAGAAAUAGCAGGCGAACAUCUUGGAAGUUCAGCAAAGGCAAAUGUAGAGUCCCUUGUCCAGGGCAGAAUAACCCUGUGUACCCAUGUGGGUUGGGAACGGACUCGCUGGAAAGUCAGAAAGUGCCCUGUGGACGCUGCUGAACAAGUUGAACCUCAGGUCACAGCAUGCUCUUCUGGCAAAGGCCAACUAUGAAGCCAACAGGACCUCCCUACACCUGCAGUGCUGUGUCCAGUGUUGUGUACAUUGGUAUGAGAAAUAAGCUAAAUACAGGGAAGGGUCUGGUGGAGAGCCACCAAGACAGGGGCUGGAUCAGCAUAUGGCGUAUGAAUGAGGAGAGGCUUAGAGAACUGGGUUUGUCAAGCCUCCGGAAAAGAAGAGUAAAGGAGGGUGUUCUUGCUGCCUACAGCUUUCUGGUGGAAGGAUGUAGCAGAGCUGGAGCCAUGCUAUUCUGGGAGGUGUGCAGUGAAAUCUGAGUAAAUACUGAGAAGAAACUCUUGCUGUUUCUGAAACUGGGGAAGUUUUUGAAAGGAGAGGCAAAAAUGUUGAUGUUCAGCAACCUGAGCAUCUGCUGAGAGAUUUCUUUCAAAUCUUGAGGGCAAUCAAGCAGUGCAGCAGGGACCUAUGAAGCUUGCUGGAUUUCCAUCCAUGAGAACAGUCAGAACUCAAUGUGGCCCUGGUGUGGCUGAGUGGGGUUUGGAUCGGGUGACAUCUCAAACAUAUGACCGAGAUAAUUCUGCAAGUCUCAAUUUCUUUGGCCAUACAGAAAAGCAAGUGUAACUAAGAGCCCAGACCAGAAUUUUGCCUGUGGGCGGAACUGAAAAUGGGUUGUGUGAUUAUGUCACACAUCUUUCUAUCCCCCUCUCUCAGCCCUAUACAUUUCUCUUUCCUGGUGAGCAGUGUCAUCACAUUAUACCUCAAAUAAUUGGUAAUCGCAUGUCACUGUAAUCCCUCUGGAGAGCUCUUCCAUUAUCACUCAUUUCUUCUUUUAUCUUAAACAUGCUGCUGUGUGUUUUACCCUUGUAGCCCUCUUCCAUGUAUGAAGUAAGCAGACAGCAUUGACAGGAAUAUAUACCUAGGCAGGAGCUUAUAGAAAAGCAAAAUUCAGACAUGACGUGAUUGGAGAGGGUCUUUUUUGACUUUUAUUUUCCCCUUUGUGCCAGUUGAUGUAGUUCGUUAGCAGCUGUUAACCUCUAGCACUGUAAGAACAGUCACUUAUGGCUGUGCUGCUGCACCGUGAUCCUGCCAAACAAGAGUCACAAGAAGGAGUGAAAUGAGAUUGUCCGUCUCUCCAUUUAAAUCUUGGGAAGAUUUGAAGGGCUGCAGAAAGGUAGUGCAAGUGAUCAAAAGAGUUCUCUCAGGUGAAAGGAGUGGUAGUGGCACGAAGGAGAACACUGAAAUAGAGGAAACAGAAUUUGGAGACAUGGGGCUAUAGGAUAGAAGGAACAAAAAUCACCAAGGAGCUGACUUGGCUUGAGUUUAGGCCAUUUUUUCUAUAAAUGUUAAAACUACUUUACAAAGUGUUCCUAGACCUCAGGGUGAUGCAAUAGCGCAGGUUUGAAAGCUUACAUCAGGUGCCCGGUGCUUGCGCAAAUCUAUGGCAAAUCAUAAAACCAGCAGAAGAAUUUAUUAGCAGUGGCCCAGCAUUGUGGCCAGUGAGUGCAGUGCCUGGCUCAUCCUUCGUAUGAUGCAAUCGCAGUAGGAAUGUGCUUGUGGGAGGUAUAAAUCUUGAGGGCAUGCCUGCUUGUCAUUAAAGAGAUGGCAGAGCUUUCUUCAUGCAUGGAAAUGUCAAGCAAGCAUCUUGACCAAAUUAUCAGAUGGUCGGUUGCAUCCUGACAUUGUAGGACUUGCCAGCAGUUACAUGAGGGAAGAAAAGAUGCUCUUUGCUUCCUGUUCCAAAGUAUUCCAGCUGUGCUGCUGUGCCCUGUGACUGUCCAUGUGGCAGCUCAGAGCAGGGUGUGCUGCAGACACUCGGGAAGUCAGCGGGGUUUAUAUAAAGCCCUGCUGGGUUUGCAGAACAUUUUGGCUCCUUUCCAGCAUGGAAGCAGUGAUAUAAAUAGAAGAAUGUCUCACUUUUGAAAUCUCUCUUGUAUUCACGGAAAGGAAGAACUUUGUGCCAGAGCUGUGAUAUAAUAGCUGUUAAAUACAAGUCUUAAGACCAGUCCUGUGAUGGGCUGAAGCACUUGACUGUGUUUCAAUGGGCUGCAAGUGAGCUCAGUAGCCUAUAGCAUCUCAUCUCUGUUAGCUGGCUGCUGACAUCUGGCUAAGAUUAACAAAAUGUUUGGGACCGUGGUGGUUGGAGUUGGAAUUGCUGGCUUAGCACGGAUCCGAGACUUGAUGAAUCCAAUGCCUUCCAGCCCUUCUGAGCACCUGAAACUCCUUGGAUUUGUAUCCAGGAGAAGUUUUGGCAAUAUUAAUGAGGCUAAGCAGAUUAGCCUGGAAGAUGCCCUAAGAAGCAAAGAGAUCCACGCAGCUUUCAUCAGCACAGAGAACAGAAGCCAUGAAGAGACCAUCAGAAUGUUUUUAGAAGCUGGGAAGCAUGUCCUUGUUGAGUACCCCAUGGCUUUGUCUGCUAAGGCUGCCCAUGAGCUCUGGGAGAUGGCUGAACGGAAAGGUAAAGUACUCCAUGUGGAGCACAUUGAGCUUCUGAUGGAAGAGUACAAGCAGCUGAAAAAAGAGAUUGCUGGGAAAGACCUGGUGAAGGGAACAUUGCAUUUCACAGGUAGCAUCCUUGAUGAAAACAAAGCAGGAUUCCCAGCUUUCAGUGGAAUUGCCCGACUGACUUGGCUGAUUGACCUCUUUGGAGACCUCACUGUUACAUCUGCUACCAGAGUAAAGCAGGAGGAUAAGAAUUAUUCCAGAAUGACUGUUCAUUUUCAGACAACAAACAAGAAACCUCUGACUUGGAUUGAAGAAAGGGGACCAGGGAUGAGACGUGAAAAGAAAAUCAACUUCUGUUUCACAACUGGUUGCCUGGAGGACUUCCCUCAAGCCCCAAGGUCUACUGUGGGCCUUUUCAUGCAGGAUCAGAACCUCUUUGCCAAAAAACUGCUGGACCAGGUAUCCAAGGAGGAGCUGGCUGCUGAGAAAUGGCGAAUUUUGAGGUGUCUUGACCUUGCCGAAGUGAUCCAACAGCACUGUGAACAGCCAGAGAAAAUCUGUUCCUGAGUCUGCUCUUAAGAAAGGAAGAACACGUCAGACGGGAAAAUUGUAGGCCUAGAGCUCACUGUUGCUAUCAAGCAGUUUCUAUUCCUGUUUCAUUGCCUUCUUUUUGAUUAGUUGUGAUUCCUAGGCUCUCCAGGUAGGCUGGAGAGCCUGGGCAAUACCCUGUGCCUUCUGGUUUGCACCAGAACAAAGCAGCAUUACCCUGUUCUGAUGCAUUGCUGUUCUUCCAGGCAGAUAGGAACGUAAUAGCAACAAGCUUUAUUGUGUUUCAGUUGGAAAUGUCCCUGAGAGCAGAUCCUGGAAGACUGCAAAUAUUAGAUAUGAUUUUCCUUCCUGAGGUUUCCCCGCCCCCCCCCCCCCCAUCCCCCGAGUAGGUAUGCCUGAAAACGAGAUGUAUCAUUUAGUAGUAUUCACAUAAUAUUACCUACAAAGAAGUAUUAACUAGAAUGAAGUUCCAGGUGAGUUUUCCACCUUCACUUGAUCUGCAGAAUUUGUGCCACCACAGUCCUGAUCGCUUCUUCCAGAUGUCCUGAGUUGUUCUGUAUUUUGCUGUAAUUAGUUGUUGAAACACUGUGUAUUUUUUCCCAAAUCAGUCACAUUGUAGGAGAAAGUGGAGCUUGAUAUGGGAAUGAAUUCUGCAUGUGAAAAUUGUUUAAAUUUACUCUAUUAAAACCUAUUAAAAAGUGAAAACUCUCCUAUUGACUUCAAUGAAUUGGAAUCCCAUGUCAAUUGGCAGCAGAUCUGUGCAGGCAGAUCAUGCCCUUGUCCACCCAAGUGGACACCUUACUGAACACUUACAGGGACGUACGACAACUUUACCAUUGCCUGUGCAGGUCUGAAUACUGUAUGAGAGGAAAAAGUGGGUUUGUGGCAAAAUGCAAGAAGUCCAUCUGGGACUGGAAUGAAAUUAGAAUCUGCUGUGAUAUCCAUCUGCUAUAUAUGACAGCCCAUGAGAGGUUCUGUUUCUUGACAAAAUCGUCAGCUGUGAGUAUGGGAUGAACACCACUUGUUUACACACUAAUUCACAAUGGGUAGCUGGGGAGGGAGGGCAAGGGAAGGGAGAUUCAUGCUUUCCCUCUAUAAGAAUCAAAAUUAGCCACCGUUGUCUCCCUGGGUGCACUCUGCAGUUGCUGGUGAGAGCAAUAUUCCUCUCAGAAAUGGGGAAUAAAUUCACAGGAGCUCUGUAGAGCAGCAAUAUAACAUUGUGCAGUGAAUUAGCCUCAGGAGAAACUUGUUUUCGUAGCGAGUGCCUGGGGAAAUUAGCUGGUUAAUUUGCGCUAGGGAAGGCAGAUGCCUAGACUGGAUAAUCCUGCACUAUCCUCCAUCCCCCUCCCAUUCCUUGCGCUAACCUGCUUGCCUACUGCUCUCUGCCCUGCUCCUGGGAGCCUGCAGCAUUCACGUGGCUUUUCUUUGCAUCUCUAUGAGUUUGCUGAGGUACCACAGUAGUUUGUAUCCGAGAGCUACUGGAUGUCAAGCUUCAAACAUGCCUAUUGUUUAACCUUAUGUUGAGCUC